UGAGAGCAACAGGAAUAGCAAGCAUAGAUACAGCAGAACCCCCCCUUCGCCUACUGCCACUCUCGUGUUAUUAUCUAUGCACGGAUUGGAUCCCGCAUCUGCAGGCAUAGUCAUCUCCAUAAGCUGCAACGGGUCAGGCCAGCUUGGAGAGGCCAGAAGAGGCCGAGCUGCAGCACCACCAGCACCACCACAGCAAUUCCCCUCACCCCUCACACGAAGCUGUGCAAGGUUGCUGCAGCUUUGUGGCGGCCGGCGCAAAGACAAGACGACGGUCCAGAAUCCGGUGCAAGGCGACUGGGCCGCCAAGUCUGUCUGCCCGCAUCGCUUUCCAAGAUUCCACUUCAUCCACACGAGUGACACGAGUGACACGGUACACCGCGUCCGCUUCAUGGUCACACAGGUGCCCCUCGUCCAUAACCGUCCUGCAAGCCCCGAUAUUGCAUGCCAUCUGACGGCGGGACGCCCGAUGCGUCUCUCCGCCUCCAGCAGCACCACUACUGACAGCUUUGGGAAGACAUGUCACGCCAGGCACCAUAGAAACCCGCCCUCACCAUCUGUCUGUCCAGAAAACUGUGCCGCUGAGCUAAAACCCAGAGGAUGCGCGUGCUGACCAGCUGAUGAUGCUGAAAUGGCUUGCAAUAUUCCACGCAUGGCUCACUCUGUCGUCCGCGUAAUCCGCCAACACAAGAACUCCUCUCCAGUGAAAUUUCGUACACCUCGCAGUGUCCCCUUCAUUCCAGACACUGUUUCCGAUUAUUCGGAGACGUGAGGCAAGGAGCACCGCAACAACUCUGCACUAUUUGCUGCUCUCUGUUGACCAGCUGCGGUUA